AUGGCGCUCUCUUCGAAUGGCCUAUGCCGCCACGACGAGAGGGGCGCUCUCCUCCGCCUCAAGAAGGGCUUCCGCUUCGACAACGCGCUCUCGGAGCUACCCUCCUGGCAGGCGAGCUCCGACUGCAGCACCUGGCAAGGCAUAACGUGUGGCGACGCCGGCACGCCAGACGCCCAGGUGGUUGUUUCACUGGACCUCGCCGAUCUCACCAUCUCCGGUAACCUCAGCUCCGACCUCUUCGCGCUCACGUCGCUUCGCUUCCUUAGCCUUGCAAACAACGACUUCCUGGGGAUCCCGCUGCCAAGCGACGGAUUCGAGCGGCUCAGCAGGCUCACGUACCUCAACCUCUCCGAUUGUGGCUUCGUCGGACAAGUGCCCAGUAGCAUUGCCCGCCUCCCCAACUUGGAGACCCUUCAUCUCGCUGGUGCCUUCACCUGGGACACUGUCCAGAACCAAGCGACGCCGUUCCUGGAGCUAAAAGAACACACUCUUGACACCCUGAUCACCAACCUGAGCAGCCUCCAGAGACUAUACAUCGAUUAUGUUAACAUUUCUGUUUCUGAUGCCAAUAAUUCCAGUUCCAGGCAUUCCCUCCGAGAGUUGAAGCUGUCAUACUGCUGGGUUACCGGGCCUAUUGCAAGUUCUCUUGUUCCAAAAUUACGGUCGCUCUCAAAACUGAUCCUUGAAAACUGUAUAUUUAGCCAUCCUAUGACGAAUUCCUUCACCGGGUUUGAAAAAUUGUCUUCCUUGUUGGUUUUUAGCCUCAGCAACUCUGGGCUGAUGGGAACCUUUCCUUCAUCAAGGAUAUUUUCCAUCAAGACCUUGAAAGUGCUCGACUUGUCAGGAAACACCAUGCUGCAUGGAGAGCUGCCUGAAUUCAUGCCAGGCAGUGCUUUACAGAGUUUGCUGCUUUCCGGCACAAUGUUCUCCAGAAACAUACCAGAAUCUAUUACCAACCUCCAUAAUUGA